AGUACCUAGUGUGUCUGCAUGCUUUCAUCUGUUAAUUCAAAGACUUGGGAAGUGAAAUAAGUCGACUCACUAUAAUCACCUGCAGCUCGCUACAGUAUUGGAAUCUGAGGGAAACUCUCUGAUCUCUAUUAAGCAGAAUUGUGACUGGAUCUACCUGAGACCCAUUACAGACCUGGUUGGACCUCAUCCCACUGCUCUGAAAAUUGCUCUUGUCCUGACGUAGCCCCUGGGCCAUGGUACAUCAGAGUGUAGCGGCUGCAAUAUGAGCAUCACUCCAAGCACCACCCUGGACAGCCAGCUGACCACUACCUGGGGCCCCAACAACUCCUACCCUGAUGUGCCGAUGGUGAUGUCUGGAUACACAAGUCGUCUGUGGUCUCACGACUCCCAGCCUCAGUUCUGGAGUAAGUUCCAGGUGUGGGAAUGGCUGCAGCAGGUCAUGGACAUGCACCAGAUCGAUGCCUCCAACAUUCCCUUCCAAAACUUUGACAUGGACGGCCAUCAGCUCUGCAGCCUCAGCUACCAGGACUUCAUUCUGGCCGCCGGCAGCGUGGGACCCAUUCUCUUCCACAGCAUCUCAGAACUCAAGUGGAGCGGGCAGUACCAUGUGGAACUGGAUCUCAAACAAGAACUAGACUUUUGUCCAUUUCCGGAUGCCAGCUAUCCAUCUGGAGUAGAAAUCCAUGACCCUUCAAUCCACCCCCUUCCAUCUGUUGCCUCUCCUAUUUCAUCAAGCCCUGAUAUAAAAAGAUACAGCAGUCGUCCUCAUCAGGUCAAAAAACACAACCCAAGAGGUACCCACUUGUGGGAGUUCAUCCGUGACAUUCUCUUGAACCCAGAGCGCAACCCGGGGCUGAUCAAGUGGGAGGAUCGGACUGAGGGCAUUUUUCGAUUCCUAAAGUCAGAAGCGGUGGCGCAAUUAUGGGGCAAGAAAAAGAAUAACAGCAGCAUGACCUAUGAGAAACUAAGCCGAGCAAUGAGAUAUUACUACAAAAGGGAAAUCCUAGAACGAGUAGAUGGACGCAGAUUGGUUUACAAGUUUGGAAGAAAUGCAAGAGGUUGGAAGGAGUCGGAAAAGUGAUAAUUUCAUUACAGUAAUUUAUGCUUUUCUAUUUUUUUGUGUGUGUGUGUUGUUACUGUAUGUGUUUUUGAUAAU